UCUUUAUCUGUUACACACGGAACGGCAACGUCGCAUUAACCUCCAACAUGGCGGAGGAAACGGUUUUGACUGAAGGCUCGUCCUUUAUGGACCCUUUUAAAGGACUUUUGUUGACAUAUUUUAUGCCGGAAUCAUGUUACGACGAGUUCUUUCUCAAUUUUAACUUUUUGUAUGUACCAUGUCUGAAGAUUGUGCUGAGCAAAGGCCUGGGGAUCGGCAUCAUCCUGGGAUCAGUGAUGGUGAAGUUGCCUCAGAUCAUCAAGCUGAUGGGAGCAAAGAGCGCUGAGGGCCUGAGCUUCCAGACGGUGCUGCUGGAGCUGCUAGCCAUCACAGGAACAAUGGCCUACAGCAUCGCCAACAAGUUCCCUUUCAGUGCGUGGGGCGAGGCUCUGUUCCUCAUGCUGCAGACGGUUGCCAUUGGCUUCCUCAUUCAGCACUACGGAGGCAGAACCAGCAGAGGUGUGCUGUUUCUGGUGGUGUUCAUCGGCCUGCUGGUCCUCGUGCUGUCUCCGGUCACUCCCAUGCCAGUGGUCACCUACCUGCAGGCCUCCAACAUGCCAGCCAUCAUCAUCGGCAGGCUGAUCCAGGCCGCCUCCAACCUCCGGAACGGGCACACGGGCCAGCUGUCGGCCGUCUCCGUCUUCCUGCUGUUCGCCGGAUCCCUCGCCCGCAUCUUCACCUCAGUACAGGAAACUGGAGACACGCUGAUGGCCUUCACCUACGUCAUCUCCUCCGCCUGCAACGGCGUCAUCGCCCUGCAGGUUCUCUACUACUGGAACAGCUCCCCGGAGCGCAAGAAGAAGAAAAAGAAGAGCGAGUAGGCUAAAGGACAGUUGCUAAACUUUCAAUCAUAGCACUUUUUAUUUCCAUGUCCCACUUUUUCGCCACAUUCUCAAAGAAGUGUCUUCAAAACUUGAACCAGUUGACACAUGAAAUGCAUGUACAGUAUAGAGAGCCCAGGCUGGGAAGUGCGGGACACUGAAUCUGCUGGACAAACACUUGACUGUGACUGUGAUGUAACGAUGCAAACAUGACAUGACGAGCAGACCUUCCAUGUGGGCCCACUGGCUUUAUGAUCAGUUAGCUGCUCUUAUCGGUGGCGUUUAGCUGUGAGCAGGGCUGCUGGGUCCAGAACGCUGUAAUCACAUUCCUCCCCUUCCUCAUUCCUGUCAGGCUGGGUUCACACUAGGGCUGCACCACAUGAGGAAAAUAUGCAAUAAUGUUGUUGAAUUUUACGGUAACUAUAUUACUUGCGAUAAAUAAACCGAUAUUAGUGUAAGUGUACUCGGUUCUACAUUCCUGAUGCUUUCGGUAUUCCGCUACAAUACAACAAAUUUCUUGUUAAAUUUAAAACCAAUGAAAGGAUAUAAUUUCCAACAUUCUUUUAUCGAACAAACUGAACAUUGAAAUGAAUAUAAAGCAAAAGGAAAUGGGAGAUGAAACUGAUUGGUUUAUUGCAUGUUGCAAAACACACCUCUGAAUUAAUGAAGACACUAAGUACAACCCUUUUGAACCGUGCACCUGGCGCACGUACCCCUUUAUCCGCCCGAAACACACCUGUGCCAUGCGCUUCUCGCCGUGUGCUUGGAGCGUUAUAAUAGGGCCUUCUGAGUGUCUUUUGCGAUGUGUCGCAGUCUUCGGCGAUGUGUUCAUAGCUCCAGUUGAAAUCGCGAUGACGAUUAAAAAAUAAAAAGACAAUAUAUUGUGCAGCCCUAGUUCACACUGCUGUUUAAAUGUCUGGAAACAGUUGGUGUACUUGUCUGUUGAUUUGUCACAUCCAGGGCAUCUGAUUUAGCAUUCUUAUCAUGUAGAUUAUUAUUGUGGAAAUCAUUUGAAAUGUAAAGAAUGUGUAAAGUAUGAUGUUUUGUCAAUCCCACAUAAACAGAAUCCCACACUGGCCCCGGU